AUGUACGGCGCGAAGCCUGACAGCUUGGUCCUGCCCUCAGACUUGGAGAGUCCAGGCGACUCGGAUAGCUCUGAUGAAGCUGGUCAGCUUGCCAUCUCUCUCGGCUACGGGAACGCUGCUGAUUGUUCAGAAUCGUCAACAGCCGGCUCAACUUCGGGGAAGAAACGCGACGCCCUGGGUAACGAUCUUGACGCUCCCGAAUCCAGUGAGGAGGACGAAGAGGAAGAAGAGGAGGAAGAAGAGUCCAGCGAAGAAGAAGCGGUACCAGUGGAGAUUGGCGUACCGGUUGCGAUGUGGGAUUUCGAUCACUGCGAUCCAAAGCGAUGUUCGGGGAAGAAGCUGGCACGGCAUGGCUUAUGCGUGAGCAUGCGGAUAGGGCAGAGAUUCCGAGGGAUAGUCUUGACUCCGAAAGGGAAGAAACCGAUCGCACCGUGCGACGACGAGAUCAUCAUGCUGAGCGGACUGGCGGUUGUGGAGUGUAGUUGGGCGAGAUUGGACGAAGUGCCCUUUGGGAAGAUCAAGGGCCCAUACGAGCGGCUGUUACCUUACCUCAUCGCGACAAAUCCUGUCAACUACGGUAAACCCUGGCGGCUCAACUGCGUCGAAGCACUAGCAGCGGGCUUCUACAUUACAGGACAUGACGACUGGGCCGAGCACCUUCUGUCCAAAUUCUCCUGGGGUCACUCGUUCUACAAGAUGAACGCCCACCUCAUCAAGCGGUAUCGCACGUGCACGACCUCGGAGGAUAUUGUGGCGAUGCAGGAGUUGAUCCAGGCGGAGCAAGCGAGGGAUGCGGAAUUGCGCAAGCGGGAGAAACGUCAGUUCCCAACUCGCACACAUAUGUGGCCAAAAGCUGAUCAUACAGGCGCGUACGAUGAUGGAGAUCUCCUCAGAUCCAACCCUAAUCACCAAGACUGGGACGAGCCAGAGGAUGAGGGGGACAAGAGCGAAGAAGAAGCAGACGAAGUCGAGACAUUGACAAUGGCGUUGGGGCAGACAUCUAUCGAAUCUCCGGCCAAGGCUUGA